AUGAGCGAUCGUGGAAGAUACUUCUAUCGAUGCUACUCGCACAGCAGCGCUGGCGGCCUCAUCUCUGGCAAAGGUCCCAGGCAAGCACGACCCUUAGGCGACAACCUUCUCCCUGAGUUCAUCAAUCAUCUGAAUCUAAACACAAGAAAGCCGACUGCCCUCGUUUCAGUCAGUAGCCGAAUGAUUGACACCCUUCGGCGCGCGUUCAACAAGUUUCACGUGGCUCGAGAAGACCCCAGCCAGAUCUGGAUCGCGUUCUUCUUCGUGCCCAAUGGAGACAAGCAUGUCUACCAUCAUGCCGAGGGUCUAGCCGAUAUAUUGAGGAUGAAAGACUCCAGCUGGCUGCGACACGAGUAUAUUUUCGAGUGGGAAAUACCAAGAAAAUACCUCAUCCAUGAGGUCUCUGUCGAGACGCUCAUGCAGCGCGGAUUCAACAUGAGCGAGUUCCUCGUCAAUGACAAACGCGGCGGUGUUACACUCCCGCGUAUACCAGAGUUGAAGAAGAAUUUCGCAAAAGCCAUCCUUGGAUCGUCAGACAACGCAUACGAAGUCGGCAUAUACCUAGGACUUCUAGCUCGGUCGUUCGGGGCUCGUUCACCACUGCACCAGAUCAUUCUGCAGCUUCAACUCGAUUGCUUUCGCAUAAAUCCUGUCAACCCCGAUGAUCAAUUAUUCAGGUUCUCAUACGAUGAUGAUUUUCCUGCCAUCGAAAACGGUGUUGACGAGGUCUUAAUCGAUUGGUGGCUGACAGAUCCCGAUUUCUGCGUCGAAUACGAAGAUCAUCUGGCUUGGGCCGAGCAGACAGGGGCAGACGUCGAGUCUGAAUGGGAGCUUCACAAGACAGAGAGGCAAAUCGAGAAAGCUGCUGUUGAGCUAGGAUUGUGA